UAGGCAGGCGGUGGGAAGGGCGGCACGUCGAGAGCCACGUAGGACUGCCGAUCGACCUCCACCGUGGUCGUCACAAGCACGCCGUCGCCCGUAUGCUGCGGUCCGGGGCCGCUGUCUCUGCGUAUCUGCGUCUUGUGUCGCCUCAGUCUGUUAAGAGACUGGGUCCACCUGUGUUUCGGACUGUCCUUGCUAAAAAAGCUCUCCGACGCCGUAGACCGACGGCGGGGCCAGACGCUGACGAGCAGCAGACGCAGACUGGGCAAGCUCGCACACAGCAUCGCCGUCGACUGCUCGAUGAACGACCACGCCACAAUAUCGACAUGGUCCCACGUCUCGUCGAACGUGGUGCUGUACUCCACCAGGUAUCUGACCCGGACCGCCGACGUCACGCACGCGCUGUCUGCCGUGUGAGCCUUCUCCUCCCACCCUUCUACCGGGACGUGAGACCCAACUCACAAUGAACCAAUGCUAAACAGCGCGAUGACGGCCAGGCGUCGCCGGAGAGAAAUCUUGAGCCGCCACACGUAGGGGAUCGGCAGGAGCAAGAUGGCGAUGUCCUCCGCCAUGGCGAGUCCGCCACUACUGUAACCCACAGCCUGCAAGUUUAGACAUCGGCGGUCGGUGAUGGUGCGAUCCCAUAUCGACUGCACAGGACGGGAUGCCACGAUUCACGAACGGCUGGCGGGCCCAGAUCACCGAACCUUUCGGAUAACGACCCCAUUACCGA